CCGUAGGGCUCUCCUGCCAUUCCUCGGCCCCCCAACUCCUCUCGCCCCCCCAUCCCCUCCUCCUCCAUCCUCCAGUUCAAAAUGGCGACGGCGGCGGCGGCGGCGGCGGCAGCAGCAGCGGCGGCAGCGGCGAUGGCUCCUCCGGGCUGCCCGGGUUCGUGCCCCAACUUCGCCGUAGUCUGCUCUUUCUUGGAACGCUACGGGCCGCUGCUAGACCUGCCCGAGUUGCCGUUCCCAGAGCUGGAGCGGGUGCUGCAGGCGCCGCCGCCAGACAUCGGCAACGGAGAAGUACCAAAAGAAUUGGUGGAGCUCCAUUUGAAGUUAAUGAGGAAGAUUGGCAAAUCCGUUACAGCAGACAGAUGGGAAAAAUACUUGAUCAAGAUCUGCCAAGAGUUUAACAGUACCUGGGCAUGGGAGAUGGAGAAGAAAGGCUAUCUUGAAAUGAGUGUUGAAUGCAAACUAGCACUCUUAAAGUAUCUCUGUGAGUGUCAGUUUGAUGACAAUCUUAAAUUCAAGAAUAUAAUUAAUGAGGAGGAUGCUGAUACUAUGCGUCUGCAGCCAAUUGGGCGAGACAAAGACGGCCUCAUGUAUUGGUACCAGUUGGAUCAAGACCACAACGUGAGGAUGUACAUAGAAGAACAAGACGAUCAAGAUGGCUCUUCUUGGAAAUGCAUUGUCAGAAAUCGAAACGAGUUGGCUGAGACUCUUGCACUCCUGAAAGCACAAAUUGAUCCUGUACUAUUGAAAACCUCUAGCCAACAGGAAGAUUCUUCCCGGGAAAGUCCCACCCUAGAGGAUGAGGAGACUAAAAAAGAUGAAGAAACACCUAAACAAGGGGCAUCAAAAGAAAAUGAAAAGACAGAAGGUAAUGAGCGGUCAGAGAAUUCCAGAAAGCGUUCUGCGGGCAGCGCUCUAGAAGAACCAGCUGUGAAAAUGGAGAAAGCUGAGGAAAUGGAGCUUGUGAAACUGCCAGUCAUUGUAAAGCAAGAAAAGCCUUUGCCAGAAAAUGAGGGAAAAAAGAUUAUCAGAGAGGAAAGGGAUUCUUUCAAGGAAAAUGUCAAACCCAUUAAAGUAGAAGCAAAGGAAUGCAGAGUGGACCCAAAAGAUCUCAAAGGCAGCUUGGAGCGGCCGGGUUCACAGGAGCCAGAGAGAGCAGACUUUGGUAGCAGCAUCAAAUCUUCUCAAGACAUCACAGAGAAAUCUAAUGAGGAAACAGAGAAGCUUAAAAAUGAUCAGCAAGCCAAGAUACCACUGAAGAAACGUGAAAUUAAGCUGAGUGAUGAUUUUGACAGUCCAGUCAAAGGACCUUUGUGUAAGUCAGCUACUCCAACAAAAGAGUUUUUGAAAGAUGACAUAAAACAAGAGGAAGAGACUUGUAAACGGGUCUCUACCAUCAGUGCUUUGAGUCAUGAAGGGAAACAACUUGUGAAUGGAGAAAUUAAUGAUGACAAGGUAACUCCAAAUUUUAAGACAGAACAAAUGGAAACACAGCUUUGUGAUACAAAGGAAGAUGGCUCUAGCAUCCCCACUAAGGACAGAAAUGCCAGCAUGGAGGGAAAUGGUGCUGAGUGCUUAAAUUCUGUCAUAACAAGCACAAAGAUAAGUGAGCUUGAGAGGGACGUCCCUUUAGGGACGGGGACAGAUAGUUCUGUCCCCGAUAUAGAGAGCCACAGUCAGAAAGGAAGGUCAGAGGAACCUGAGCUGCCAAACAUGGAAAUGCCUCUCGAGCCUUUUGAGAAAGCCACAGAUCUCUCCUUAAAACCCACUUUGUCUGCCACUGAACCCUGUUCUACGAAAGUUGAAGAGAAGGCCCCCAAAAGUGAGAGUGAGAACCACACUCCAGAUAUAGAAUGCCUGGAAAGAGUGGAGAAGGCCAAGAAAACCUGCGUUGAGAAGGACAUACAAAGGUUGAGUCCAAUACCAGAAGAAGUGGUAAGGGGUGCUCCACAGUCAGAAAAGCCGGGUCCUUGUGAAGUGGUCGACACUCCUCUCCCACUCGAGAUGACAGGGGCCAAGGAGAAAGAGACCUCAGGAAAAACAGAUGUAGACUGUAGUAGAGGUUCAAGUGAAGGUCAGUCCUUUGAAAAUGCAAGUCCAGAAAUUCUAAAAGAGGAUUCUGAGUCCUCCAGGAUAGAAAUGGCCAAAGUGGACAAUGCCCAGACCUCUGGCAUGGAGGAUACUUCUGAAACAAAGGGCUCUGUGCAAAAAAACAAAUUUAAAUAUAAGUUAGUUUCUGAAAGAAACAGUACUGCUUCCGAAAAUACAGAGAUCACCUCUGAAAGGAAGAAAGAAGGCAUCAAGUUGACAAUUAGGAUAUCAAGUCGGAAGAAGAAGCCAGAUUGUCCCCCACAAAUUGUAGACUCGGAAAGCAAGGAAGAGAAGGAGGGGAAGGAAGAAGAGAAAACAAGUGUGGGCCGAACUUUAAGAAGGUCUCCAAGAAUAUCUAGGCCCACUGCGAAAGUUGCUGAGAUCAGAGUCCAGAAAGCCGAUAGGAAAAGAACUGAGGGAGAGGACGGAGUGCAGGGGGAGGCAGCAUCUUUGCAAACAGCAGACAAGAAGGAACACUUGAAGAAAGCAGAGAAGGAUCCAAACUCUAAAGCAAGCAAGGUAAAACCCAAAGGCAAAGUUCGAUGGACUGGCUCUCGGACACGUGGCAGGUGGAAAUACUCCAGCAAUGAUGAAAGCGAAGGGUCCGAGAGUGACAAAUGCUCUGCAGCCUCAGAAGAGGAGGAAGGAAAGGAAAGUGAAGAAGCAGUCCUUCCAGAUGAUGAUGAACCUUGCAAAAAGUGUGGCCUUCCGAACCAUCCAGAACUAAUUCUCCUGUGUGAUUCUUGUGACAGUGGCUACCAUACGGCCUGCCUCCGUCCUCCUCUGAUGAUCAUCCCUGAUGGAGAAUGGUUCUGCCCUCCUUGCCAGCAUAAACUACUGUGUGAAAAAUUAGAAGAACAGUUGCAAGAUUUGGAUGUUGCCUUAAAGAAGAAAGAACGUGCAGAACGAAGGAAAGAACGCUUGGUUUAUGUUGGUAUCAGUAUUGAAAACAUCAUUCCUCCACAAGAGCCUGAGUUUUCUGAAGAUCAAGAAGAAAAGAAAAAGGAUGCAAAAAAAUCCAAAGCAAAUGUACUUGAAAGGAGAUCAACAAGAACAAGGAAAUGUAUAAGCUACAGAUUUGAUGAAUUUGAUGAAGCAAUUGAUGAAGCUAUAGAAGAUGAUAUUAAAGAGGCUGAUGGAGGAGGAGUUGGCCGAGGAAAAGAUAUCUCCACCAUCACAGGUCACCGUGGGAAAGACAUUUCUACUAUUUUGGAUGAAGAAAGGAAGGAAAAUAAACGACCCCAAAGGGCAGCUGCUGCUCGCAGGAAGAAACGCCGGCGACUUAAUGAUCUUGAUAGUGAUAGCAACCUAGAUGAAGAAGAGAGUGAGGAUGAAUUCAAGAUCAGUGACGGAUCUCAGGAUGAGUUUGUUGUGUCUGAUGAAAACCCAGAUGAAAGUGAAGAAGAGCCGCCGUCCAAUGAGGACAGCGACACUGACUUCUGCAGCCGAAGACUAAGGCGGCAUCCUUCUCGGCCGAUGAGGCAAAGCAGGCGUUUGCGGAGAAAGACCCCAAAGAAGAAGUACUCCGAUGACGACGAGGAGGAGGAGGAGGAAGAGUCUGAGGAGAAUAGCAGAGACUCUGAAAGUGACUUUAGCGAUGAUUUUAGUGAUGAUUUUGUAGAGACCCGGCGAAGGCGAUCAAGAAGGAACCAGAAAAGACAAAUUAACUACAAAGAAGAUUCAGAAAGUGAUGGUUCCCAGAAAAGUCUGCGGCGUGGUAAAGAAAUCAGGCGAGUUCACAAGCGUAGACUUUCCAGCUCAGAGAGUGAAGAGAGCUAUAUGUCUAAGAACUCUGAAGAUGAUGAGCUAACAAAAGAAUCAAAGCGAUCUGUUCGAAAACGGGGCCGAAGCACAGAUGAAUAUUCAGAAGCAGAUGAGGAUGAUGAAGAGGAAGGCAAACCAUCCCGAAAGCGGCUACACCGGAUUGAAACUGAUGAGGAGAGCUGUGACAAUGUUCAUGCAGAUGCGGACCAGCCUGCCCGGGACAACCAGCCCAGUGUCCUGCCCUCGGAGCCAGAGAGCAGCAAGAAGCCGUACCGGAUAGAGAGCGAGGAGGAAGAGGACUUUGAAAACGUGGGCAAAGUCGGGAGCCCAUUGGACUACAGCCUGGUAGACUUGCCUUCCACCAAUGGACAGAGCCCUGGCAAGGCCAUUGAGAACUUGAUGGGCAAAGCAACUGAAAAGUCCCAGACCCCCAAGGACAAUGGCACAGCCAGUGCAAGUCUAGCCCCCAAUGGGACAAGUGGUGGACAGGAGGUGGGGGCACCAGAAGAAGAUGAAGAUGAGCUUUUGCGAGUAACUGACCUUGUUGAUUAUGUCUGUAACAGUGAACAGUUAUAAGACUUCUUUCCAUUUUUGUGCUAAUUUAUUCCACGGUAGCUCUCACACCAGCGGGCCAGUUAGUAAAGCUGUUUAAUUUUUCCUAGAAAACUCCACUACAGAAUGACUUUUUAGAAGAAAAAUUUCAACAAAUCUUGAAGUCUUUCUGGGAAGUAACCAGUUUUGAACUUUGAAGAUUAAUAAUUGCUGUAAAUUCCUUUUGAUUUUCUUUUUCCAAGUUCAUGGUCCUUGGUAAUUUCAUUCAUGGGGAAAAAUCUUAUUAUAACAACAAAGAUUUGUAUAUUUUUGACUUUAUAUUUACUGAGCUCUCCUGACUUUGUGAAAAGGGUGGAUACGAAUGCAUUCCAAAUCUGUGAGGGCCCAAAACAGAAUUUAGGGUGGGAGAAAGCACUUGUGCUUUAGCUUUUCAUAUUAAAUAUAUAUUAUAUUUAAACAUUCAUGGCAUAGAUGAUGAUUAACGGAGUGUUUAAAAGUUCAUGUCUGUACUGUUGCAGUUUGAGUAUUGUAGAUAACAUCACACGUACAUCACUUAGUAAUAGCUUUUGUGACAUCACUUGGUUUACUAUUGGAGUUACCACACUUUAAAAAAAGAGAUCCUGGAAGCACCAUCAUAAAAACACUUUAACCUAAGUUUCUGUUAUAGCAAAGUUUCUUGUUUUAUAUAUAUAUAAAUCAUCUGGAAAGUAUUUGUAUAGUAAAAUGUAUGAUGAAGCUUUGACAGCCAGAUUGUGCUAACAGAAUCUUUUCAAUAGCUUUUAAGCUAUUAGGACAUUAAUAUUAGAUGGCCUCUACAUACUGGACCAGGUGGCCAGUUAGUGAGCUGAGUGGUCUUCCCCUAAGAUCCAAGUACACUAUAAACUUGCCAGUAGUGUUAACUCUUCAGGCCACAUGGUGUUCACCAUCUGAGAUGCCAUUUUGAAUAUAAUACAUCUAAAUAUAACAUGGAGAUGCUAAGCUGUGUAUUUUAGCACAUUUGAAGACUGAGAAGGGAUUUUCAGGUGAAUUUUAACUGGUUUAUUCUUACCCUUACUAUCUACUUCAAAUUGAAGUCUACAAACAAAGCAGUUCCUUUGGGAGGUUUUUAGUUUUGAGUUUAAGCAUGUGUAUAGUGUGUGAUUUGUAUGAUGUGUGUGUGUGUGUGUGUGUGUGAUUUGUAUGAUCUCUGUGUGUGUGUGUGUUGGAAUUUUCUAUAUGCCUGGAUAUAUUAGCAGGGUUUGAAUGUAAUUUUGGCCUUUGGCCAUUAUAUACUUCUAUUAAAAUCCAUUAAUAGUCACACAACCAACAGAAUUGAAUGAGAACCGCUGAUAUACUUAAUAAGUAUAAUUUCCAUUUUAAACAUCUCAACACUUUAAGGAUAAGCCCUUUGCUUCAAGAAUAGGCGGUUUUUAAAUCAAUGUAACAUAGCUGACACUAAAAUAUGAACUUUUAUCUUAGUUUCUGUUACAGUUGUGAAGUUUCAGGCACAGCCCUAACCCUGUACAGCUGUAGUAUUUGUGAAUUCGCCUUGCUUGGCACAUCCUGAAGCCUUCAGCAUUGCUUCAGUGUGUGCUUUGGCCCUGAUGUUCGGGUUUUCUGUUCCAGUGUUGUCUGUUGCCGGCAAUAGACAUGCUGUAUCUGCUGCUGGCUCAAGGAAUUUCACUUUUCUUCUCAGAUUAAGCAUUAUAUGUAGUCAAUGUACAGUAAACCACUUUUUUUUUUUUUAUUGAAAGCUGGCAUUAGACUUAUGUCAUAAAAACCUCUGGACACUUUGUGCUCCUAUUUUCUGUUCCUUGACAGAUACACUCUUAAAUUUGAUCUCCUGGCCUUUAAAUUUUAGUGCCGAUUUUUUCAGUUAUUUGAUUUUGAUUUUGGUUUCACUUUAGUUCCAUAGAACUUGAGAGUUAAUGUUUGCUUUGAUUGUAGCUGUGAGCUUAUAUUUGUGUAACAAUAAAACAAUGGAAGCACCUAAGAAAACAAGGAUGCUGCUGCAGAGCCGAGCCAGCUGUGGCUUCAUCAUAAAUAGUGUUGUGCUAGAAGGACAGGGCAGGCUUACAUUCACAGGCAGUGAAGGACUAAAAGGAACCACAGGUACUUGCAUAACUUUGUUUCUAGCUGUUGUGUUACUUGAAAAUCAACUAAGAAUAAAGUUUCUCACUGUCUAGAACAGAUGGGCAGAAGGAUUCCUACUACUGUGUGGUAAGUGGUUCUUGCUAUGCGGUCUCAGAAGGUUUCAGUCCUGCAACCAGGUAAAGCACUGUGGUGUAGAAAAUCUCCUAUGUACCUGUCUCUACCUCUGCACACACCAGCUCUUGCAUCCACCUAUCAAUUCUAUUCAUCAUUUACACAGAUGAUUAGAAGUAGUAAAUGGGUAGCUAACUCAACAGCAUGUAGAGAAUGUGAAGUAACUUCUUACCCUGCUAUGGAAAACCCAUGCUAAUUUUUAUAGUAAAAACUGAGUAUUCCAUUUAACAAAUAUCCCACUGACUUGGGUUUCAAAACCACUUGUGCUACCUGAUUUUUAUUAAACUUGAGUGUCAACUUCAUAAUGAGUGUCUCCCUUCUAACUUUACAUUCUCAUUAGACCAACUGGCUAUAGAGUAAUCCAGGCAGCUAAUAUAUACCAAUUCUUAGGAUCCAGCUACUUCUGCGUGGCUUUUUGUUGUUUCUGUUCGUGCUGGAGACUGAAUCCGGGCCUCAUGCAUACUGGGUAAGUGUUCUAACGCUGGGCUAGAACUCUUGCUCUGCUUAAUGUUCAGAUUCAGUCCCUCGGAGUCUCGCAAAUCCUCUUGGAGGAUGUUCCCAAUGAGGUUUCUGUUGCUGCUGUCAAAAUAAAUGUUCUGUAUCAAAAAUUCUGAUAAGACCAUUAAGAACUGGAGGAUGGAAAGGAAAACAGGCAUGUAGACUAUCUUCAAUCCUUGGUAGAUUCCGAUUUAUAAUAAUCUUUAGAAUUUUUCCCUUUAAUAACUUUAGUGGUCCCCUCCUACCUUUUGGAAUACAAAUGUUGAGCUUGUAUGAAAGGGCUCCCAGAGUCAGACUCCUAGUCUCCAGCAUACACAUUAAGGAUAGAUACAGUGUAGUAUUCAAAGUGUUCAGUUUGCGACUUCAGUAAAGUUUGAGAGCUAGCCAGAUUUUUACAGUUCCAGAACUUAGAAUUGAAAUAGUGUAUGAAAAUGACUCAGACUCGUUUGUGCAUGUGUGAUGAUAACGUGUUUAUUGUAGAAUAUUACUGCAAAGUCAUGUGUUUUCAACAAUACACAUGACACACUGAGGUUAUUUCCUUAACAUCUUUUUCCAAUUGGUCAAGGUUGCAGAUUGAAAGGAUAAAAAGUCACAUUAAAAUGAAUUCAUGUUUACUGGUUACUCAUUUUUUAAAAAGUGAUCUGCCAAAGAACCAAAAACUUCAGAUACUAAUGAAAUUGUUGAGGGGAAAAAGAUUUUUAAAAGGAUGUUAUUACCUUUCACUUUCUAGUUGAUAGGACUUAUCCUACGUAAUAAACAUUGAAGCAAAGUGCAUAUAUUAAGAAAAAUGUGGACACUUAGAGUUAAAUGAUGGAGAAUGUGUCAGUAGUUUUAAAGAGGGGUGAGUGGAGUUCCCUUUGUGACAAGAAUACCCUUCUAGCCUCAUUGGUAGGCAUGAGGUGUUAGCCCGCACUAGUUCUUCUACCAGAAGGUAGAAAACACUGAACAGAUCUGUAAUCUCAGAAAAUACUGUGACUCCACUGCCAGCUGCCACAGUGGAGCAGGUCUUUAGUUCAGGGUGGUGUCUUAGCUUUAGAACAGAUGCUCAACAGUUUUUCUUAUGAGGAAAUGUGUACAUACAUUCUGGAUAACCACUAGAAUGCUGAAAUUCAUCAUGAACUGAGUUACUAAAUGUAAAAGGCAAAUAAUUGUGACGAAAUUAUGAAUAUGAUUCAACUAUAGAAGGUUUAAAGAAAAAAUAGUUUUUCUUGAUGGUUUGACAUUUUCAAGACAUUUCUGGUUCUCUUAAGAAGCAGAUAAUGCCAAGACCACAUGUAUGCUGUAAUCUACAUAGUCCUUGUCUGUUGUUAUUAUCCAUUAGUGAACUUUCAGAACAAAAGUCAUUCCUAUUUUAUCAGCCAUUCCCAGAGAGAUCCUGGAAGUGGCAAGUAAAGCCGCUGUCUUAUUUCCUCACUGUUUUUAUUCUGAUCCUGAAAUAAAAAAUCUUCGCUAUCA